CCCCGCGGCGCCGCCCAGCGGGCCCCCGCAGCCCGGCCGGCCCUCUCUGGGCGGCGGCGGCGACUUUUACGACGUCGCCUUCAAGGUCAUGCUGGUGGGGGACUCGGGCGUGGGAAAGACCUGCCUGCUUGUGCGCUUCAAGGAUGGCGCUUUCCUGGCGGGGACCUUUAUCUCCACUGUGGGCAUCGACUUCCGGAACAAAGUUCUGGAUGUGGAUGGCAUGAAGGUGAAGCUGCAGAUCUGGGACACAGCUGGCCAGGAGCGGUUCCGCAGUGUUACACAUGCCUACUACCGGGACGCUCAUGCACUGCUGCUGCUCUAUGAUGUCACCAACAAGGCCUCCUUUGACAACAUCCAGGCCUGGCUGGCUGAGAUCCAGGAGUAUGCCCAGCAUGACGUGGUCCUGAUGCUGCUGGGGAAUAAGGUGGACUCUGCCCAGGAGCGUGUGGUGAAGAGGGAAGAUGGGGAGAAGCUGGCCAAGGAGUACGGACUACCCUUCAUGGAGACCAGUGCCAAGACGGGCCUCAACGUGGACUUGGCCUUCACGGCCAUAGCAAAGGAGUUGAAGCAGCGCUCCAUGAAGGCUCCCAGUGAGCCCCGCUUCCGUCUGCACGACUAUGUUAAGAGAGAGGGUCGAGGGGCCUCCUGCUGCCGAUUCUGAACCUGGCUGAGCUCAGUCCCUCUCCAGAGGAAGCAGAAGGCUGGACAGAGGGUCUUCAGGCCCUUCUGAUUUCAUCACCCACCGGCAGUCUUGAUCCUUGGUCCCAACAAGUGGGCUUCAGAGAGCCAGGGGGUCUGCAGCCCCUUUCACUGGCUGUGCCGAGGCCUUACCCAGAGGGGACACGAUGCAAGUGUUUGGACCAUGCCACGGCACUCUGCUGCCCCCUCUCAGGUAUGCCCAGCUCCGAGGCUGGGCCAUGGCCCCGCACCCUGUGUACAGUGCCUAACCCCUUAGAAAAGCCAUGUCUUCACCUGCAUACACUGUUCAGGCAGGGAAAGGCAGGACUCCUAUCCAUGCCUGGGACAGAGGGCUUUACGUCGUGCAUUUAUGUGUUCCAAGGACCUGGGCCACCUGCUCCCAGCCCACCUAGGAAGCGCUGAUUCACUAAUCAACAGGGUCUUCCUCUUAUGUGACCCUGGGAGGACACCAAGGUCUGACAAAUAACAGAAAUGUCAGGAAACUAGGACCGCUAGUCCUAGCCUGCUGACAAGGGCACCUAUCAGGCAGGCCAUGGCACCAGGCCCUGCCUGUCCACAGCUGACAUCUGCAAUUGACAAGCACGCUCUACCCUGCACUAAAGUCAUCAAGUAGGUCUUGAUAGCGAGCCUUUGUUUUCAGUCUUGGUAAAUAAAGUUGUGUUUUCUGGA